UCCCAGAGAACUUCUCCAUCAUGGCUCUGAUAAAGGCCCAGGCUGGUCUCCAAGCUUUCCUCCUCUCUAUCUACAGUGAGCAGGGCAUUCAGCAACUGGGCAUUGAAAUGGGACGCUCGCCUGUUUUUCUGUACGAAGACCAGAAUGGAAAGCCAGCUCCUGAGGACUACCCGCUUUUCAAAGGCAUCAACCUGGCUGAUGGCAAGUGGCAUCGCAUUGCCUUCUCCGUUUCCAAGAAAAACGUGACUCUGCUGUUGGACUGCAAGAAGAAGAUGACCCGUCCUCUUCCCCGGGGCAACAAUGCUGUGAUUGACACCAAUGGCAUCACAGUGUUUGGAGCUCGUCUGCUUGAUGAGGAGGUUUUCCAGGGAGACAUCCAGCAGCUGUUAAUUGCCUCCAACCCUCAGGCGGCCUAUGACUUCUGUGAACACUACAGUCCUGACUGUGACUCCCCUCUUCCCAAGACCCAGGCUCAGGACCCAAACACAUACGAUGACCAUGAAUAUCCAUAUUAUUAUGAGGAAACCACAGGCCUUCCCUCCUCAUCUUCAUCCCCCUCUCCCCAACCAGGGGACCACAAGCAGCAGAAGAAGGCACCCAGUGGGAAAGCAGCUCCCACUAAAUCAACUAAACCCACUCCAGCUAAGUCAGCCAAGUCUGGACCUUACAAACUGGUCGUCAAGCCACCCAUGCCCACCAAAGCUAUCAAGUCCUCUACAGCUAAGCCGUCCAAAGCUAAACCCACUGCUGCAGGCAUCUUCUUGUCAAAGAUCAAACCAACAACAGCAACUAAAGCCAAAACCACAGCUGUCCCAGUUAAGAAUGGCAUUGGUAAAACAGCUUCUCCAAAGAAACCCAGUGGUGCAUCUAAAGGUAAUGGCAAUGCCAAAACUGAGGCCAAAAAUGGGAAGCUUGUAGGUGAAACAAAAGUUAAUGGAAAAGCCUCUGCCGAGAAGAAAACCAAUGGAAAUGGAAAAGCUACGGUUGGGUCUAAGGUGAAUGGAAAUGGCAGAGGUAAAACUACAACAAAGAAAGCCAAUGGAAAUGGCAAAACUACCACUGAAGUCAAUGGCAAAGCUGAAAAUAAAGUCAAUGGUGCAGCAAAAGCAAAUGGGAACAACAAAGUUUCUUCAGAAGCCAAAAAGAAAGAUGUUAGCAAAGUGGCUGGAAAUAAGGCAAAAAGUGAAACCACUGCAAAAAUGAACUCUGUAGAUAGCACGGCCAAGUCAGCUGUUAAUGUAGUCGCUACUAAAGCACCGAAACCCACAAAAAUAACAAAACCAGAACCUACAAAGGUUUCUGCCACCAAAUCUCCAAAAGCAAACAUCGAAGAAAAAGCAGAGCUGAAAGAGAAGACAAUAGCUAAAAGUGUGUUCAACAAAGUCCCUCCGAUCAAACCAACAACCAAAAAGUUUUCUGUCCCAACAAAAGAAGCUCCAACACGUGCCCCUGUUCGACCUACGCUGCUCAGACCCACAAAGUUCAAGGACAUGGACAACAACGUUAAGUCCCACCACAGACCUUUCCCACCGUUUGGUGAGACUGCACUGCGGGGAGCUUCGGUCCCAGCUAAGAGAACCGACAUUCCCCAACAGGAUGUAGACACAGAAUAUUCUGAGGCUGGCCACACCCCUACAGAGACUGAUUAUUACUAUGAAGAGAUGGUCCCACAGCCAGACGGUGAGGUGGUUGGACAAGAAGAAAUACCUGUACAGCCCCAGGUCGAACCAGCCUUGGUGGGAGAGGAGGUAGAUGCCACCAAAGCGGGCGGUGUUGGUGAAGAAGUCUUCACUGAGGAGUAUGUGACUGGAGAUGUGGGCCUUAAGGAAUACGACUAUGCCUACAGAGACUACAAUGAGCCCUUACCAGAGACCGGAGAGGUCGAUGCCUACAUGGGGCCCGCCUUGUCCGCUGUGACGGAUGAGGGAGGCGCCGCCUUUAGAGGCCAGAAAGGAGAAAAGGGAGAACCUGCUGUUUUGGAGCCUGGCAUGUUAAUAGAAGGUCCCCCAGGGCCUGAAGGGCCUGCAGGACCGUCUGGACCUCCUGGAUCAUCUGGACCUCCUGGUUCUGUGGGAGAUCCUGGAGAGAGGGGUCCUCCUGGUAAAGCUGGUCUGCCUGGGGCUGAUGGAGUCCCUGGACCUCCUGGAACCUCAGUCAUGCUUCCUUUCCGUUUUGGGCAGGGUGGCGGCGAUAAGGGUCCCGUUGUCUCUGCACAGGAGGCCCAGGCAGCCGCCAUCUUGUCUCAGGCUAGGAUGGCACUGAAAGGACCUCCUGGACCAAUGGGAUUCACCGGGCGCCCUGGACCUGUGGGAAGUCCAGGAAGCUCUGGGCUGAAGGGAGAAAGUGGAGAUCCUGGUCCUCAGGGCCCCAGAGGAUCACAGGGGUUGCUGGGUCCUCCGGGUAAAUCAGGAAGAAGAGGUCGUGCUGGUGCUGAUGGGCCUCGGGGAAUGCCCGGAGAGCCUGGAUCUAAAGGCGAUCGUGGCUUUGAUGGUCUUCCUGGUUUGCCUGGUGACAAAGGACACAGGGGUGACCCGGGACCAAUGGGACCACCAGGAUCUCAAGGAGAAGAUGGAGAGAGGGGAGACGAUGGAGACGUCGGACCCAGGGGUCUCCCAGGUGAACCCGGACCCCGUGGUUUGCUCGGGCCUAAAGGUCCUCCAGGAAUCUCUGGACCUCCUGGUGUACGAGGAAAUGAUGGCCCUCAUGGUCCCAAAGGAAAUUUGGGUCCUCAAGGUGAGCCCGGACCUCCAGGCCAGCAGGGAACUCCAGGAACUCAGGGAAUGCCAGGACCUCAGGGAGCUAUUGGACCUCCAGGAGAGAAAGGUCCCACUGGAAAACCGGGUUUACCAGGAAUGCCUGGAGCGGACGGCCCUCCUGGUCACCCAGGAAAGGAGGGUCCGUCAGGCACUAAAGGAAACCAGGGUCCCAACGGUCCUCAAGGAGCCAUCGGCUAUCCUGGCCCUCGUGGCAUCAAGGGAGUGCAAGGAAUCCGCGGUCUAAAGGGUCACAAAGGAGAGAAGGGAGAAGAUGGCUUCCCAGGAAUUAAGGGGGAUUUUGGCAUCAAGGGAGAGAGGGGUGAGAUUGGAGUUUCAGGGCCCAGAGGAGAAGAUGGCCCAGAGGGACCAAAGGGUCGUGUUGGACCUCCUGGAGAACUCGGACCAAUUGGGCUUGCUGGAGAGAAGGGUAAACUUGGUGUACCUGGACUUCCUGGAUACCCUGGAAGACAAGGACCCAAGGGAUCUCUUGGAUUCCCUGGAUUUCCUGGUUCUAAUGGAGAGAAGGGAACGCGGGGUGUUUCUGGAAAACAAGGACCAAGAGGACAAAGAGGACCAACGGGUCCUCGAGGGCAGAGAGGACCGAGGGGAUCAACAGGAAAACUAGGAGCAAAGGGAACGUCUGGAAGUGACGGCCCUCCUGGUCCUCCUGGAGAGAGGGGAUUACCCGGACCUCAAGGAGCCAACGGCUUCCCCGGACCAAAGGGACCUCCAGGACCACCAGGAAAGGACGGACUGCCUGGACAUCCUGGACAGAGAGGAGAAGUCGGGUUCCAAGGUAAAGUGGGUCCACCUGGGCCUCCUGGAGUUGUAGGACCUCAGGGUCCAUCAGGUGAAACGGGCCCCAUGGGUGAGCGUGGGCACCCUGGACCUCCAGGUCCUCCAGGAGAGCAGGGACUUUCUGGUCCGUCAGGAAAAGAGGGCACCAAGGGAGACCCCGGACCUCCAGGAGGCCCUGGUAAAGAUGGGCCUCCUGGUCUGAGAGGAUUCCCUGGAGAGAGAGGACUUCCUGGAACCCCUGGUGGUGGAGGACUGAAGGGAAGCGAAGGACCUGCUGGACCUCCGGGACCUGCUGUAUGUUUUGAACAAUCUUAUGAAACUUAGGCUUCGUUAGGGACUUUUUUGUCCAUUUGGGCAGUUUUUUGUUUUUCGUUUUGACACCAUUUCACCACCGUUUGUGCAUACGGUAAAAAAUGUUGUCGCAAAACCGCUCUCUGGACAAAUUUGGAAUUUUUAAAAUAGACCAAGGGAACACUAUGAAAGAAACACUUGAGACUUUAGAGGACAAAAACAGCUGCUUGUAAUAGUGGCUAUAAAAAAAAUUACUUUUUUUUCACACAUCUGUUGAACAACUUCAGCCCUGCUCAAACAUUAAAAAAAAUUCAGUCAUUUUGAGGCUUUUAACCCUUGAAAUGCCAGUUUAAAUACUCAGUCAUUGAUGUAAUUUAUGAAGAAGAAAAAAACACUAAAACUGAGUUAUUUUCUAAAAGACAUUUUUUUUGCCUGGGGGUGUUUAGUUCCAAUCAGUCUUGAUUAUGUUAUGAAAUAUCUAAAAUUUUGAAUUUUUUGCAUUUAUAGUUUUUCCAUAGCAACAGAUUUAAAAUCCACUAUACACUCGAGCCAUUAGAGGCAAAAACGUCCCAUUGACUUCAAUGCAAACCACAGUUUUUGAUCCUGCAUCAUCUGCAGCAAGUAAUCAUGCUUUCUGUGAUGUUAUGGUUUCAUUUUGGACAAAAGUAGUCAAAUUUAUGAUUUUUACUGUUCACCACCAAAUUCUGUCAUUUCUCCAUACGUUGCC